AUGUCGACCAACCUUGUUUAUCGUAUCAACGACCGCACCUCGCAUCACAAUCUGCAAUGCCAGUCUGAGCCCCUGCCUACCGUUCGCGACCACGAAGUGCUUGUCGAGAUCCAUGGUGUCACACUCAACUCACGUGAUAUCCAGAUCUGCGGAGGGUUCUACCCGGCUGCAGCAGUUAAGGACAACCUCGUCCCUUGUUCGGAUGGAGCAGGUGUCGUCGCUGCCGUUGGAGACGCAGUCGAUGACAUCCAAGUCGGUGACCGUGUCAUUAUCAACAUCUCCUAUGACAACCUGUACGGUCCGCUGAAGAGCCAAGCGUAUAUGCUAGGUGGAGGUGUUGAUGGAACGCUACGUCAAUUCGCCGCAGUACCGGCCCAGGCGAUCAUCAAGGUCCCAACUGACUGCAAAUUGGACUUUGUUCAACUCGCAUCGCUGGUUUGCACGGGCGCCACUGUGUGGAAUGCACUCUAUGGUUACGUACCCAUGAAGCCGGGUCAAACCGUGCUUUUCCAAGGUACUGGUGGGGUGUCCAUCACGGGUGUCCAACUCGCCAAAGCUGCUGGAGCUGUGACGAUUGUCACGUCCUCGUCGGAUGAAAAGCUAAGGUUUGUCAAGGAAAACUUUGGCGUGGAUCAUGUGGUCAAUUACAGCACGACACCCAAUUGGGCGGACGAAGUGCUUCGUUUUACUAACGGAGAAGGAGCUGACUACGUCAUUGAGAUCGGGGGUGCUGGCACAAUUGAGCAGAGCAUCAAGGCUACAGCAUCUGGCGGGAUGAUCGCUAUCAUCGGAUACCUGGCUGAUAUCAAACAAGAAGACAUGCCCAACGUCCCUCUUCUGGCGUUGAUCCAAGGCUGCGCCCUCCGCGGUGUACAAGCAGGCAGUAAACAGCUGACGACUGAAUUGGUCAAGUUCGUGACACGUAAGAAUGUCCAGCCCUACAUUCACGAGACAUUUGGGUUUAGCCAGGACGAAGUGAUUUCUGCGUUUGACUUGCAGAACUCGGGCAAGCAGAUCGGAAAAAUUGGUAUUGCAGUGAAGAAGUAAUAAGCUGCGAAGAUCCGCACUAAAUAUUGAGUCCUACAGCCUCCUCGCACAGAAGAUUUACAACAGGCAGCGAAAUACUCGUCUUGUGUCCGUGAAACAUGACAAUAAAUUCAAUGAUCUCAC